GCUUGGCAUCGGCUGUCCCGGCUGGCGCUCGCCGAGUCCAUGUGAUCCCGGGCUUGCUCUGUGCCGCCGCCGGGUCCAGCCGCCGGGACGGCGAGGGAGCCAGAAGGUCGAGCCAGCGGCCCCGGCAUAGCGGCCCCAGCCCCGAGCAGGGUUCCCCGGCAGCGGCUGAAGCCCCCGGGCUCCUCCCUGCCACCAUGCCCCGCGGGAAGAGGGACCCGGUCCUGCUGUCCCCCGAGGGCGAGGGUCCCCGCGCGGCUGCGGACGGCCGGCGCUCCGCGGAGGAGGAAGAGGAGGAGGACGGACACCUCCCGGGGCUGCCCCGCGACGACCUCACCAAGAGCAUGUCGAGCUCCUCCGUGUCCUCCUACCACUCCGCCCUGUGCUCGGACGGCACGGAGACCUUCAAGGACUGCCUGGAGUUCCUGGACGAGGAGGGAUCGCCCGGCCGGGCUGCCCCGGGCCGCUGGGCUCCGGCGGGGGCCCCCGGCGUGCCCCCGCCGCCCGGCCCCCUCGCCCGCCCGCAGCGGGCUCAGCUGUCCAGCGCGGCUAAGAAUAGCCCAGCGCCGGGCCAGGGGGGCAGGAUGGGUCCCCUCGGUGGGGACCGGCAGCCUGUGCCGGCCGCGGCCGCCGGCGGGGAGCCGGCCGUGCCCCGGCAGCCCGGGGCGAUGCUCGCCGGGGCUCCCAGCGACUCGGACGAGGUGGACGGCGAGGUGCAGGCGCUGACGGCCAGGGCUUUCCGCAGCCUCUCGGGGCUCCCCGGAGCUCGCCUCGACAUGUGCAGCUCCCACACCUCCUCCAGCCUCUCCAACUCGCUGUCGGAGGACGGCGGGCGGCCGCGGCGGUGGCCGGCGGGCGCCGGGGAGCCCCGGGGCGCGGCGACGGCUCUGCACGGCAGGGUGGGCUGGCCUUUCCUCGCCGGCGUGGACGGGGAGCUGCUGGGCAAGGAGCAGUUCGAGUGCGUGGACGUGGAGCUGGAGAGCGGAGAGGCCAGGAAGGGCCACGGCAAGAAGAGGACGGUGCCCAAGCGCCAGAUCCUGCUGAAGAGGAAGGAGAGGAAGGAGACGGGCUUUGGCCCCCGGGGGGAUGGCCCAGCGCCCCAGCCCCCUGCCAGGAAGGAGCCCCCCAGCAAGGGCAGAGCCGUCGGCGAGGACUUCAGGCUCAACUACCAGCAGUUCAUGAAGGCGGCGUCCCUGGAGGCCGGCACCGACAGGACCAGGGCGGCCUCGUGCCUGGUGAAAAACGUCCUGGCCAAGAAGAUGCAGUACGAGCAGCGCAUCAAGAUGGAGCAGAAGGGGCUGCGGGGCAGCUCGACCUCCUCGGGGCCGUCCUCCGCCGGCACCGACCUGCUGGGGGAUGGUCUGGAGGGCAAGUCCAGCUCGCUGUCCCGCUCGGACUGCAGCUUCUCGGCCGAGGACCUGCGGGGCGGCGGGAUGCCGGUGCCCACGGCGGCCGCGGGGAGCUCCGCCACCACCACCCAUCCCACCAAGGGCGUGGUGCUCAGCGAGGCCACGAGGGAGACCGUCUGCAACCUGAGGAAGACGUUCAACGAGCUCAACCAGAGGAUGAAGUACCAGGAGGUGCUGGAGGGCCGCUGGCUGCCCGCGGCCACGGAGAAGCACACGUCGGAGAGGAUCUGCUACCAGCGAGCCCGCGCCUUGUUCGAGGCCCAGCCCGGGGUGGGGAAGGUGCUGGAUGUCGCUCCCCGGUUUGCGAGGGCGCCGAGGCCGUGGCCCAGCUUGAAGGAGCGAGCCAUCGGCCCCAUCCAUUCCCAAAGCCUCCCCUUCAAGGCCGAGAGCCGGGCGCUCCCCGCCGCCCCGCCGCGCCGCCCCUUCGCCUCCUCCCGGGCGCAGGAGGCGAGGGCGCUGCCGCAGAGCCAGCCGGAGAAGCCACCAGCAGUGCCCCGCCGGCCGCCCAGCCCCGGCACCAUCCCGGCACCCCGGGGGUCCCCGCCGGCCGCGCCCCCCAAGCCAGAGGAGAAGGGGAAGGGGCGCGUCCCGCAGCCCCGGGACGUGCGCAAGCUGGUGAAGAGCAGCUACAGCCUCAAGUUCGGGACUGCCGGCGCCUCCCGCGGCACCGUGGCCCCGGCGAGCAGCGGGGAGCCGCCACCAGCCACCCCUCUGGUCAUCCACUGCACCUCGGUCCGCCGGGAGCCGCCGCCGGAGCCGGCGGGCGAGGAGGUGCUGGCAGCCCCCGGCCGAGAGCCAGCCCCGGCGUGUGCCGAGGGGUCCGCAAAGGCCCCGCACAGCUCCCCCAUCAACAUCACGAGGGUCCAGGCCACGCGGAGGGGAGCGGCCCCCGCGGAGGAGCCGCCGGCGUCGCCCCCGCGCCGGGAGCGGAGCGAGCUGCGGGUGCCGCCGCGGGCCGAGCGGGUGCCGCACGUCGAGAGCCACCUGCACGUCCUGGUGGGCCGGCCGGCCCGGGAGCGCUCCCCGGCUCAGAGCAGCGCGCUGCUGCGGGCAGAGAAGACCCUUCUCCUGCCGCCCAGUCCCGCGGAGGGGGAGGAGGAGCGCGGCCGUGGCAGCAGCGGGGCGCUCCCCGCUGCCCAGGGUUCGGAGCCGCUGGGGCAGCGGCCCCGCAGCAGUGACAGCCGCGACCCCCGAGCCGGAGCCCCGGGCGGCAGCAGCGCCCGGCAGCCCGGCGGCCGGCGGGUGUCGGUGGGCAGCGGGGGCUCUGCCGGUGGCACCGGCCCCGCCGCCCCGCUCCGAGCCGGGCACAGCAGCGAAGGCUCCCCGGGGCGGCUGCCGGAGCAGAGGGAGGCCUGGGAGCACCCGCCGCAGUGGCCGGCGGCUGCAGAGCCCUACCCGCCUGCUGCCCCGGCGGAGAACUCCAACUACUUGGCAAUCCCCGAGAGAGCCCCCAAAUCCACACAGAUGCCAAAGCUGUCCUCGGUCCCCAACCCAGGCAGUGCAUCCUUUGGGACCCCCUUUGUCCCCAGCCCGGCCAGCGCCUCCUUUGGGGCUCACUCAGCCCCCAACCCAGCCAGUGCCUCUUUUGGGACCUCCAUGGUCACCAACGUGACCGGCUCAUCCUUUGGCUUCCCAUCAGCCUCCAGCCUGGCCAGCACAUCAUUUGGGACCCCUUUGGUUUCCAGCUCCAACAAGUCUUUUGGGGCCCCUCUGGUGCCCAACCUGUGCAGCACAUCCUUUGGGAACCCCUUGGUCCCAAAUGCAUGCAGCAUGUCCUUUGGGAACCCCUUGGUCUCCAAUCCAUCCAGUGCAUCCUUUGGGUCCCCACUGGUGCCCAAUCCAUCCAGCAUGUCCUUUGGGAACCCCUUGGUCUCCAAUCCAUCCAGUGCAUCCUUUGGGAACCCCUUGGUCUCCAAUCCAUCCAGUGCAUCCUUUGGGAACCCCUUGAUCCCCAACCCAGGCAGCUCAUCCUUUGGGUCCCCCUUGGUCAGCAACCCAGUCCCCACUUCCCUUGGGCAUCCACCAGUCUCCAACGUGGCCGGCUCUUUCUUUGGAUCCCCUUUUGUCCCCAACCCAGCCAGCGCUCCGCUGGGAACCGGUGCCUAUCCCCUUCCUGGUGGGGAAGUGCCCUGGGGCAAGCCCAGCCCUGAGCCCCCCCUUCCCCGACCCCCCGAGGGCUCGGCUGCUGUGGAGCCCCCAGUCCAGCCCCACCUGGAGGAUGCUCCUCAUUUCCUGAGGAGGACUGAUGGCUCCUCGCCGAGUGGGAGGAGCAGGCAGAGCCCCCCCAAGCCCUUCCCCACCGCCGUGCCUGCCCAGCGGAGGAUGCUCGUGGAUCCCAGCAGCGGGAAGUGCUACUACGUGGAGCAGCCGCGGCAGCCCCAGAUGAAAACGCUCUACGACCCCGAGACGGGGCAGUACCUGGAGGUGCUGGUCCCACCGGUGGCAUCACACACCGGGCUCUACCAGGCACCUUUCAACCCGGUGCUCAUGGCCCCGGGGGUCUAUGCCCCCUCCUACGCGUCCUACGGCGGCUUCCCGGGGCUCCCGGCGCCGCCGCCCUCCGCCCCCUCGCCGCCGCACCCCUCGCUGCCGGCUGCCGACAACCCCGGGACCCCCGGCUCCGCUCCCAAGGGCGAGGGGUCGUCCCCUGCCGGGGGUCCCGACUGCGGCUACCUGGAGAGCCCGUACUACAUCCCCACGGGCAUGCGGGCCAGCCCCGGCCCCGAGCAGCCCCCGGCCCGCGCCAGCCCUGCCGCGCCCGAGGGCUCGCUGCUCCGCAUGUGACGGGAUGGAUCCGCGGGCAUGUCCCUUCCCCUGGCCCGGCUUUGCCCAAAGUCAGCACCACCCUGGCACGGGAAAGCCUCUCUGCCCACGGCUGAGCUGGCAAAGUGCCGAGGGGUAGCGGGCACUGGUUGGACUUUACUGGCUUCUCAUGGAAACGGGGACAAAAAGGGUGUUUUCCGCUGUGAGCGCCUGGCAGCCCUAGGGGGACAUGGAGGUGUGGGCCCCGGCCAGCAAAGGGACCACAGAGGCCCUGCUUCCCCCUGUCCUGCCAGUCCCAUCCCGAGGAUGACCCGAGCUGGUUCACCCAGGGGGUGAUGGCCUGGACACCCCCAGUCCCCCCAGCCAUGGCUGCAGCACAGAUACCCCAAAAUAGUAAUAAAAAUGCUGAAACAGCUUUAAACCUGC